AUGUUUGUGAAGGAUAUCUGUUCAGUUUGCUCAUUCGUCCUGCGCGCGCACUUGUCCGCCGCGGCGCACUACUUUUGGUCGAAGAACGAGGGUGAUAAUACGGAUGGAGAUCCAGGAACACUUGACAAGGCCUUGAAGAUUGCUGCUAUAAACUCGCAGAAAAGUAUCGACACGCUGGAAUUUCGCUGCAGUAAGGCACAUGCCACGCAGAAAGCCAUUGCCAAAUCUUUCACUAGUACAGACCAUUCGAUGGUCGUCAAGUAUCUUUACGAGAACGAGCGCAUCUCCGAGAAGGCGAUCGUUGCAGCAUUGGUCGGCAGGGCGCUCGUGCAUUCAGCGUUCAGUGACCCAGCUGAAAUAGUGGUGCUGCUGCGUCACGACACCCGCAUAUCUGCUAAGCUCAAGGCCCUUCCAGAUGCGAUUUGGAUGACAUUCCAAUGCGCUUCCUGUCCCCUUUGGCGCCAGCACUUCAAGAAGUUAGUGGAGCUGGUUUUCGCCGACAAGGAUGUGCCACGAAAGGUCAAACACUGGAUUAUCCUCCGAGCGCGCGACCAUGACCCCCGAGACACCUGUGGAUCUGAACUGCAACUUUUGCUCAAAGCUUUCCCCGCCAGCAACUAUUGGCGUCGUUUCUUGGGAGCCAAAGAUGAAAGCUCGCUCUUCAGCUGCCGCAAUACAAUUCCGAGCAAUCCCGAGCGCGGCCACGACGGCGCCGCCUGGACCACCGUGGACGAGCACAGCUGGGCGAGCGCCGCCGAGAUCCCCGCGCGGGGCGCAGAGGCGGGCAAGAUCGAAGCCGUGGGCGUCAGCGAGCUGCCGGCCAAGCCGGCGGCGUUCGAGGAGGAGACCGUGCGCAAGAAGAAGCUCACGAGCGUCGUGUGGGAGACCUUCACGCCCGUCUCCAGCAGCGGCCUGCGCGACGGACUCAUCGACUCAGCCAAGUGCUCGGUCUGCAACAAGAUCUUCAGCACGCGGCACGGCACGUCGUCCAUGAUGCGGCACGCCAAGCGGCACAACGAGUUCCCGAACGGCACGCCCACGGGCAAGAGGGGCAAGAAGAGCGCCAACGGAGCUGCGGCCAAUGGCGCGGCAGUCGCGGUCGCAGCGGGCAAGAAACCUAUUGCAGUGCAGAAGAAGGAGACGGUCGUGGUGCAGCUGGAUGAACACGCAGCAGAGGGUUGGGAGAUGGAGGGUUUUGACGUUGGUGUGGUGUUUGCAUUGGUGGCAGGCUUGAAGCGACAGAGGUUACGGAAUUUGAGUAGCGCGCUGAUUGAGUGGGUGGUAGAAGACCAGCAGGACCUCGGCGUAUUGCAGCACGAAAAGUUCCUGGACGUGCUGGCUGCGGCGGGCAUUAAGCCGGUGAUCCCGCCGCUGGAUACGCUGCAGAAAGCCAUGGAGAGGAAAUACUACGCGCUGUUUGCGCGGGUGGGUGAGUACAUCAGUCGGUCGGCAGUCGGACGUAUCACGUUUUCGUGUGAUACGUGGUCGGGGCUCGUGUGCAAAGGAUACGUGGCCAUCCACCUGCACUGGAUCAAUGCUGAGUGGGAGUAUAAAACCAUCCAAGUUGGCCUGGAAGGCUGUCCACCGGAGUUCAACGCGUAUUUCAUGUCGGACUUGCUGUUCAAUGUGCUUCAGAUCAACUGGGGCCUCGGCAACAAGUUGCUCUGCGGCGUCACGCCAAUGGGCAACGAGUCUGCUGUGGGCAUGGGCUUCCUGCGCGAGAAGAUCAAGGGGAUGAUAGGCAUAGAUAACAUUUCCCCGGACUGGAACGUGACGUGUUUGGGCCACCUCAUUCACGUCGGCGUGCUCGCAGCGCUCAAGGAGAUUCGGCACGAGAUCGUCAAGCUCCGCUCGCUGCUGUCGCUGCUCAAGUCCACGACCGAGAACCAGGAGCACAUCACGCUGCGCACAACCGACAUGGGGCUGCCCUACCCAGAGUCAUUACCCAACCUGGACUCCCCCAAGAACUGGACGACAACAAUCACCAUGAUCUUGGAGUGCGCCAAAAUCAAGGAUACCAUCAACGCCCUCUACGGCGACGCCACCAACGGCAUGAACGUGUUCCUGUUAGAAGAGAUCGAGUGGGACUUGCUCGUGUGGGUGGCCACCUUCCUGCAGAAGUGCAUGCAGAUGGCGACGUGCCAGAGCGACGAGAAGCACAUUUCGCUGAGCACCUCCAUCAAUGUCUGCAAGGCGAUCGUGGGGCUGUGCGAGAGCACCGCUGCGUCGGCGUCAGACUUCACUGCGAGCGCCUUCACCAAGAUCCAGACGGUGUGCUUGAAGGUGAAGACCAGCCUCGAGUCGUACCACACAGAGCAUUCGUCGCCGUACUUCCGGCUGGCAAAGAUUUUAGACCCGCGGUUCUCCAACGAGUCGGUGGACAAGGCUGCGAAGAAGACCUUCUUGCGGGAAAUGCUGCGCACGAACGUCUACGACUCCCUGUCGGACGCUCGGCUGGAUGAAGACCAAGCGCGGCAUGAUGCCUCGGCCGCGUACACAACGUUCGAGAAGCUGCUGGAUAUCGGCGAGGGGAUGCCCGACUACACCAUCGACGGCGACGAGGUCGAUCGGUUCUUCGACGCGACGUUGAUUCGGGACAAGCGGUCGGACCCGUUCCUGUGGUGGAAGUCGAACGAAACGCGGUUCCCGUCGCUGGCGAAGCUCGCGAGAGAUAUCCUGUCGAUCCCCGCCACCGCUGUGCCCAGUGGUGCUGUGUUCACCCAGGCCAACUACGCGCGCGCCCUCAACGCAGACGUGAUGGAGACGACCAAGCUGUUCAAGUUCAACGAGCUUGCUCGCGCGUGGCAGAUCGAGCGCCAGAACUUCGGACGCAAGCGGCGUCGCGACUCUUUUGACUACUUGGAUCCUCCGCUGGAGCCUCCGGCCAAAUUGGCGUCAUAUGAAGAAAGUAUUUAG